AUGACUUCAGCUUUACCGAGAGUUUCUAUUGACAGUGUUCCUAAAUUAAAACUUAAACAGCGUUGCGUUAUUAGUAAAAUGAUCUUGAAUAAUUUUAAGUCGAAUUUUGGUAAACAGGAAAUAGGUCCGUUUAACGAGGAUACUUUGGUUGCCCAGAAUCUAAAACAAGCUAUUAGGAUCGCAUUUGGUAAAACUCAAUGGAGCGUAAUGACUUUAAGUGGUGAAUUGGUUGGAAAAAAUGGCACUCUAAGUUUCGGAUCCGACAUAACCUUUACAAUCUAA